AUGCCUUCUCUCCUCCUCCUCAUCGCCUCCAUCCUCCUCCACUCCGCCGCCGCCACCACCGUAGGCGUCACUUACAACCCCUCCCUCCCCAACCUCCCCCCGCCGGAGCGCGUGGUCUCCACGCUCCAAUCCCUCUGCAUCUCCGCCGUCCGCCUCCUCGAUCCGUCGCCUGCCGCCGUCCGCGCCUUCGCCUACACCAACAUCACACUCCUCCUCACCGCCCCCAACCACCUCAUCCCCUCCUUCGCCGCCAACCGCUCCGCCGCGGCUCUCUGGCUCCACUCGCACGUCCUCCCCUACUACCCUCGCACACACAUCUCCACGAUCUCCGCCGGCGCCGACGUCAUCACCACCACCUCCCCCGCCGUCGAUCCAACCGUCGAUCCCUCCGCCGUCCUCCUCCCUGCCAUCCGCAACCUCCGCCUCGCCCUAUUUGACCUCGGCAUCCGCACAAUCUCCGUCUCCACCACCUUCUCCUUCAUCGACAUCAUGACGACGUCGUUUCCCCCCUCCGCAGCCGAAUUCCAGGAACCGAUCGGAUCGCUCGUCGUUCGCCCCUUGCUCGAGUUCCUCGACGAAACCAACUCAUCCUUCCUCAUCAACCUCUACCCUUACAACAUCUUCAGCAUCAACUCCGAAAUUCCGCUCGGAUUCGUUCUAUUUCAGGAGAAUCCGUUCAAUUUCCGCGAUGACGUGGUCACCGGAGUGAGAUACCGGAACUUGUUCGACAUGAUGGUCGACGCAAUCAUCGCGGCCAUGGCGGUGUCAGGGCAGGAGAAUGUGCCGGUAAUCGUGACGGAGACUGGCUGGCCGAGCGAAUCUGAGGCGCAGGAAGGAAACUACGCGGAGAUGUACUUAGGAGGUCUGCUGAGGCAUCUGCGAUCUGGAUUGGGAACGCCUCUGAGGAAGGAAGGGGCGGCGGAGGCGUAUGUGUAUGAGCUAUUUGAUGAGAAGAGUACCUUCAACAAUACGAAUGGUACAACCAGUGAUGCAGCGAUGGGCGGCCGCACCCUGGGAGUGGGAGGGAAACAAUGGGGGAUCAUGUACCCUAACAUGACCAUGAAGUACAGGAUCCAUUUCUCCGAUUCGUCACGGAAUCUUGGCCCUAGCUUGGUUCGCCUGAUUUUUCUGGUUUGCAUUCUGCUCAUUUUACUCAAUUGGAAAAUAGCUCUUGAGAUUUUCGAUAUCCUAUUCAAAAAUUGAGAUGAUUCC